AGCUCAGAGCAGGUCUCCAACACAGAUCAGUCCUGAACAUUAAAGGCUUCCAUCCAAACAGAAGAAGAACAUCUGUCUUUGUCUCUGCAACCAUGAAAACCCUGGCGGCUCUCGCACUUAUGACUCUGACCUGCUUCCUGUUUCACAGCUCUGAAGGUCAGGUCGGAAUAGAAGUGUGGCGUCAGGAAAUGUGUUGUAACUCAUACAAUAAAGCAAGAGUUCCUGUAACCAAGAUCAAACAGAUGAGGAGGAGCCCUGGCCACUGCAAACUCGAGGCAAUUGUAAUCACAACUGUGACAAAUCGAAAGUUUUGUAAGAAUCCCUGCUUGACCGAGGUGAAGACGAUGCUGGAGAAAAGAAAGCAAACUGCCUUACUCAACCAAAUAAAGUGUUAAGAACCACCAACGAAACAGUGAUUAUGCUGUUUCAUUGUGUUUAUAAAAUUACAUGUGAAUUAUAUUCUUUCAUUAAUGAAAUGUGCAUGUCUGUUAUUGAGUGAUGAUAAUGAACUGCUGCAGUGCAUGCAUGUAUGUGAGAUAGUUGUGCCUUAUUUUUAUAUUGUCAGUGUUUACAGAGGAAUAUUUUAAAUGUACAGCCUUUUUACAAUCCCUACAAGAGGGAC